UUCAAUUGGUUUUAGUUUGACCGCAAGGUUUAUGAGCGCAACAAGUCUCUAUAAAAUGUAUACGGUUUUUGUGCUCGUCGCGAUUGCAGCUUUGUCUCAAUUAGUCAAUUCUUCACUCCUACCACAUUUUAUUACCAGGGCAGCCGAUGACGAAACAACAUGUGGAUACAAGUCUUGUCAUCCAGUUCGCUCUGAUGUGCUUAAUGUACAUCUCAUAGCACACACCCACGACGAUGUCGGAUGGUUGAAAACUGCCGAUCAGUACUACUAUGGAGGAGAAAAUCGAAUUCAGAAGGCGGCUGUGGACAUUAUCAUAGAUUCAGCAGUCGAUGCCCUACUGCAGGAUCCGUCGCGACGAUUUAUUUAUGUUGAAAUGGCCUUCUUCUCGAAAUGGUGGAACGAUCAGGAUGAAGAAAUGAGAGAUCAAGUGAGAAUGCUAGUGAAUGAAGGACGACUAGAGUUCAUUGGCGGAGCCUGGUCGAUGAAUGACGAAGCAGGAACCCAUUAUCAAAGUAUCAUUGAUCAGUUUUCUGUGGGUCUUAAGUUUUUAAACGAUACAUUCGGUGAAUGUGGUCGUCCGAAAGUGGGCUGGCAAAUCGAUCCGUUUGGACACAGUCGGGAGCAAGCAUCAUUGUUCGCGCAAAUGGGGUUUGAUGGAUUUUUUGUGACUCGUUUAGACUACCAGGACAAGCAGAAUCGUUUGAAUACAAAAACCAUGGAAGUUGUGUGGAAGUCAAGUGUAAAUUUGGAUUCUGAUAUAUUUACCGGAGCUUUGUACAAUGAAUAUGCCAAUCCGCCAGGUUUCUGUUUCGAUAUUCUUUGCGAUGAUGAACCUAUUAUCGAUGAUGUGAAUAGUCCUGACUAUAACGUAGAUAAAAAGGCAGCCGAGUUCGCUGCCUACGCAAAGACGCAAGGGUCUUUUUAUCGAACCAAUAAUAUCCUUAUCACCAUGGGAGAGGACUUUUACUACAUGUCUGCUGUGAUGUGGUUUAAGAACAUGGAUAAAAUCAUAAAAUACACCAACGAGCACCGAGAUACGCUUAAUGUUAACUUAAUUUAUUCGACGCCAUCGUGCUACCUCAAAGCACUUUAUGAUGCAAACAUUGAUUGGCCGACUAAGACUGACGAUUACUUUCCAUACGCAUCCGAUCCUAACUGUUACUGGACAGGGUAUUUUACUUCGCGACCAAAUUCGAAACGAUUUGAGCGGCUAGGAAAUCAGUUUUUGCAAGUAUGCAAAAAACUUACAGCAACAGCGACUACACCGGAAGAAUCAUAUGCGGAAAACUUGGAGAAGCUGAGAAUGCAAAUGGGAGUAAUGCAGCACCACGAUGCAAUCACCGGAACAGAGAAACAGAAUGUGACGAAUGAUUAUCAUAGGGAACUGACUGCAUCGAUUGAAGCUUGUGAAAUAAACACCCGAUCGGCUUUAAACCAAUUCGUUACAGGUGUAAAUCCAACCCAGUCUACACAAUGGGAAUUUCAGUUUCAUUCUUGUUUGAAUUUGAAUAUCAGUGUUUGUGAGUGGUCAGAGAAUGCGGAAAGGCUCAUGGUAACGGUGUACAAUCCAUUGAGUUAUGUGACUAAUCAGUACGCACGUUUCCCUGUGGCUGGAAGUAACUAUGAAGUUAGAGACGCUGACAACAAUUUAAUACCUUCUCAGUUGCUCGAUGUGGCACUGUCUGUGAAAAAUCUUCAUUACCGAGUUAGUUCUGCUAAUUCGGAUUUGGUCUUCCAAGCUGCUAACGUUCCUGCUCUUGGCUACAAAACAUUCUUUGUUAGCCGAGUGACUACCGCACUUAAAUCAAGCAAAAUUGAACCUAAAGUUCUCGAUGACGUCGUCACUAUCGGAACGAAUGAACUGAGUGUAACAUUCGACAUCAACGGACUUUUAUCGGAAAUUAAUGUGGACGGAGUUACCAACAAACUUUCACAAAACUUUUUGUUCUACAGUGGAUUUGCCGGCAACAAUCGUGAAUAUAAAAAUCGAUCAUCAGGGGCUUACAUCUUUCGACCCAUUCCUGAGACGGAUGUAGAAGUUGUCGGAAUCGAUGUUGACCUGCAAGUCAUUCGCGGUGAUCUGGUUGACGAAGUUCAUCAAGUGUUCAAUGAUUGGAUAUCGCAAGUGGUGCGAAUUUACAAAACCGAGAAAUACGUUGAGUUUGAGUGGCUAGUCGGACCGAUACCAGUCGACGAUGAUAUUGGAAAAGAAAUUGUUUCUCGCUUCACAACCGACAUCAACAAUGCUGGUGUGUUCUAUACUGAUUCCAAUGGUCGUGAGAUGAUCCGCCGGCAACUGAAUACGAGGGGAACGUGGAACUUAGAAGUUAAUGAACCGAUUGCUGGUAAUUAUUAUCCAAUCAAUGCGAAAAUUGUUUUGGAAGAAGGAUAUAAACGACUGGCGAUUUUGACCGAUCGUUCGCAGGGUGGCUCUAGCAUGAUUGACGGAACCUUGGAGAUAAUGGUUCAUCGGCGUUUAUUAAGUGAUGAUGCCAAGGGUGUUGGCGAGGCUCUGAAUGAAACUGCCUAUGGAGAGGGUAUAAUUGCAAGAGGUAAACAUUAUCUGAUUUACUCCGGGAAGACAAAUCAAAUCGGUCAGGAAAGGCUACUCCAAAAUGAAGUUCUCAUGUCGAAUUGGUUGUUCUUUGACGAUGUGUCUACCAUUAAUUACAACGACUGGCGACAACGCUACACUCAUUCGAAUUCGUUUCUAAAAAUGAACCUACCUAGGAAUGUUCACCUAAUGUCGUUUGAGCCUUGGAAUGGCAAGGAGUUUUUGAUUCGUUUCGAGCAUUUACUGGAUGAGUACGAUGACGCGGAAUUAUCAAAACCAGUCGAGUUCGAUUUGAAAGACGUGUUUCCGGGAGACUUUCACUUUGCCGAAGUUUCGCUCGCAGGAAAUCAAUGGAUUGAGGAUUCGAAACGGUUACGAUUCAGGCAGAUUGGUUUGUCGAAUUCCGGUGACGAGGUUAGUUUCCCCAAAUUGGAAUCCACAUCGAUCACACUGAAACCCAUGCAAAUACGAACGUUUAUUAUGAUGGCACCGAAUGUUGCGCAGAAUGAUGGAAUUCAGCAUUUUAUUUGUAUGAAUGCGUACGUUGCGGUGGUGAUGGUGAUUUUGAAAAAUUUCUUCUGUAGAUAAAUCAACGAUUGAAAUACAUUUUAUGAAUGAUACGAUUCAAU